AUGUCUAAUUAUCUUGGAGAUCAGGAAUUAAGCAAUUUACAUACACAAUAUUAUUAUGGUAAAUUAGAUGAAGGAUGGAAAAAUUGUCAAGAUUAUUCAUUCUAUAAUACAGCAAAAGAAAAAUUAAAUGAAUACAGAGUACCUCGAGAUGAUUCUGAUAAAAUUCUAAAAGCCUUAUGUUAUGUAUAUAGAACGAGUUCAAGAAGUGAAUUUUAUAGCAAUACCUGUAUCUUUUUGUACUUUUGGUUAGGCGAUAUAUUAUUAAAAAAAUUAACGGCAAAAGAAUUCUAUUCAGAAAUUAUUCUUAAACUUUUCCAAAUCUUAAAAAAUGAUAAUGGGCAGGUUUGUACCAAUCCUUAUCCUUAUAUGCAUAAGGAUGAUUUUGAAAAAGUUAAACUAAUUUUUGAUUGUUCAGAAGAUUACAAAAAUUAUAGUAUGCACUAUAUUAAUCAUAAUAUAUCCUGUAAUAGUAAAUAUAAGACUUAUUUUAACACACAUAUGAAUAUUUAUGGCGAGUUUUACAAUGAAUGCGAAGUGGAAGAAAAAGAAAAUAAGUAUUGUGAAGAAUUUAAAAAGUAUUUUCCUGUUAGGAAGCAAAAUCUUUUAUCUAAAUGGAAAUGUAAUUUACAAGAAAUUGAUCCACGUAUUAAGAACAUAGAAGAAGAGGAUGAGAGAGAGGAAGAGGAAGUACAUUCAUCACCAAGGUCUACAGAGGAAGGACCAGGUUCAACAUUAUCACGAGGAUUUACAGAUGUAAGGGUGCCUGAUGCAGGAAUUUCCGAUGCCCGUAGUCCUUAUUUCGAUGGAGCUGUUUCUGAAAAUGGUAGUGCUGCAACUCUUUCAAAUGAUUCUACCACUUCUAUAACAUCUAAAAGUAUAACUGGUGCUGUAUCAGUUGCUGGAUUUUUAGUUCCUUCUUAUCUUAUGUACAAUUAUACGUCCGCUGGGACCUGGAUAAGCAAAUUAUUAGGAAGGAAAACAAGAACAAAUUUUAAUCCGUAUGCAAAUCCAGAGUUAAUGGCAAAUUUUUCUAUGCCUGAGAAUUUCUAUUCAGAGAGAAGUAGAUAUAAUAUAUCGUAUGGUCCUGAAAUGAUUAUCCCUUUAAAAAAGACACGCAAUUAUAAUUAA